GUCACACUCACACUCACACUCAGACACGGACAUACACAAACAGAUCAGCGCAGGACUGUCAGAAAUAAAACACUUCCUGGGAUAUGAACGCUCUCGUCCUUACCUGUCUCCUGUGCUCUGUUGUCUGCAGUGCUGUCGGUGUUCAGGGAUCUGAGACCACAUACUCCAGUGAAUUAGCCAGAGUGACGGGGGGUCCGGCCUCUGGGGAGGGCCUCCACAGUUUGCGAAGCGACGAUGAUGAGCUGGAGAUAGAUGAAGAAUUGUCAGGAGGGGACAGUGAAAAUUUCAGCAAUUAUGAGCUACGUCCCAGUAAAGAUGAGAAGAAGAAAAAGAGGAGCAAAGACAAGAGGAGGAACAGGCACAGGAGCAAAACUACUUCUCUCAACCCCGAACACACCGUCUUAACAAGUGGACACACGCCGACUUUCGGCUCCACGCAGGAUCCCUGCACCUCCACCCACCUGGACUUCUGUAUUCAUGGCUACUGCAAACACAUAGAGGGUCUGCUGGAGCCCGUGUGCAUAUGUAUGAAGGGUUAUGAUGGGGAGCGCUGUGGGAUCCAAACUCUGGAGACAAUUAAAAACAAGUCCACUCCGAGCACUGACACUGAGUUGGUGCAGAUGGUCUUGGUCAUCAUUGCCGUGGUCCUGUCAGUCAUCAGCUGCACCGCCAUCCUGCUCAUGACUUGUGCACAUUACAGGUCACAUAAGAACUACCUGGCAUCCUACCUGGGAACUGGAGCGGAGCAGGAGAAGCUACAGAAACCUGCUGCUGAUGUCGUUGUGUGAGGCUGUCGAGUCACGAUCAGCCUGGUGCCUGACUCAAAGAAGAGGAAGAAGAAACAAACCAGCGGGGUCUUAGAACCUGACAAAGAAGAAGAACUCAUAGAGAGUGCUUCAAUAGAUGCUGUGUAAAUAGACAUGACUUUGUUAGAAUGUAAUUUAUUUAGUGUGAUUAUUUAUUGCUAUGUAUGAGUGUUGUUAUGCUAUUGGUAUCAUGAUGUGUAUUCUAUGCGAAUGCUGCGCAUUCGGUCCUUUGUUGAUCUGUAGGUUUGGUUUUUAUUUAUUGCAACUCCAUUGUUUUAGGUCAGAGAAAUACUUUCCAUCUCAGUCAAGGAAAGUGGAAUGGACUGCCAAUAAAGUGCCAUUGUGCUCUA